UCUGUUUCUCUUAGUACAACCUUCCUCAUGAGGUUUCUGUUGUAAGAGUUAAAUGAGUCCAUGUAAGCUACCUGGCACUUCUUAGACCCUAAGACCUAGAGGAAUAGCAGGUCAAGUAUAAUUAAGAAAUAAUUAAGAAGCAGAGUAGCUUUUGGCUUUCAUAUGUGACAGAAAAUGCUGAGGAGUUCAUGGAGGAAGGACCAUCAGUUCUGCAAGGAGCUUUUCUGACCCAAACACAUAGUAAUCAGGAAACACAUAAGUAUCUUACAUGAAUUACGAAAAUCCUCCACCAUAUCCUGGCCCGGGCCCAACUGCCCCUUACCCGCCAUAUACUCAACAACCAUCAGGCCCUGGUCCGUAUCCUGCUUAUCAGCCGGGGCCUACGGGGCCAUAUCCAGCUGGUCAACCAGGCUACAAUGGUUACCCACCAUAUGGAUGGCAGAAUGCUCCACCUCCAGGACCAGUCUAUGCAGAUGGACCUAAAAAUACAGUGUAUGUUGUGGAAGAACAACGAAGAGACACCUCUGGUGAAAGUGCCUGCCUGACAGCAUGUUGGACUGCAUUGUGCUGCUGCUGCCUUUGGGACAUGCUGACCUGAGAUCCCUGAGAAGCAAAGCCUUUUGAUACCUCUCUCUUGGAGUGCUAUGCAGUCUCUUCCUUCUCCUCCUCCUCCUGCUCCUCUUGUCUCUUCUUUUCAGCAGCUUUUUAGUACUGUAAUAAAUGAGAUGGCUUUGUCCAAGCAUAACAUGCCUGCCAGUUGGAUGCAUGAAGCUGAAUGCAUCCUUUUUUAUUUGAGUGGAGAAUCCCCCUCCCCUCUUCUUCUUCAUGAUUGUUCUUUAAAUAAUGUACUAUAUUUUGUUUGAAACAAGCUUUUACUAUAAAUUAUGUAUUCAUAAUUUACAUGUCCUUAGAAAUGGAGUAAUAUGCAAUAAUUUAAGGCAUUUUUGGUUUUCUCUUACUUGCUUAAUUUUCUGUUUUAAUAAACUUUGUCCAAUAAAAUGUGAUCCAGAAAUUG